AAUUUGAAGUCGGUCCAAUUGUUGGCGAUCAUGAUCAAAACACCGGAGUCCAUGGCUUCGGCUCGUACGAAUUUGGAGGUCCAACUCAGCGUCGGGCAACUCAACUCUUCCUAAUUCCAACCUCCCUUCGAUUCCCUCAAUCGCCUCGUUGCCGCAUUCAAGGUGCUAUCUCCACUUCUUCUCUUGUGAUUUAGAUUUGCCCUUUAUGUGCCAUAGUGCCGCAUCUUUGUCAUGCACCUCUCUCUGUUCUGUAUUUUUGACUCAAAGGAUGUGUGGGAACUAGGGCAAUGGCAACAUCUAGCAAGUUUGAUCCUUCUUCCAAUAGCCCAGAUAGACCAUUGUACCCUGGGCAACGUGGAUCCCACAUAGCUGCUUCAUUAGAUAGAUCAGGUAGCUUUCGGGAAAGCAUGGAAAAUCCAAUUCUGUCUUCUCUUCCUAACAUGUUAAGAAGCAGUUCUCCAGCAAUGCAUGGGGAUGUGGAGAGCUUCUUCAAUUAUGUGCGUUUUGAUCCGAAGUUGUUAACACUAGAGCAUAAGUCUAAUCGUCAAAUGGAUUAUAAGCGACUUGUUAAUGCUGCUCUUGGAAUUUCACCUGAUGAAUCUCCAUCUAGUUCUUCAAAAGGCAAGCUACUGUCGUCUCCAGUACCAGAAGACCUGAAACGACUCAAGGAAGUUUUGGGUGGAAAUGUUGUGAAGGCAAGGGAACGUGUGAAAAUGUUUAGUGAGGCUUUAUCUGUAUUCCAUGAAGUUUUCCCAGCUAUAACAUCAAAGAAAAGAUCUCGAGCUGAAGGUUUUUCUAAUGAGCGUUCUAAUGCCAUGUUAAGUGAUCGGCCAGUCUUGGGGCCGAGCAUAGGUAAGGUUGGAGUUCAAGGUCAUCCUGCCACCGGUGGUUUUGAACUUGAGCAGCAAAAGUCAGAAGAACGUACCAAAAAUGUUGUUCCAAACAAGCGCACUCGAACUUCUAUGGUUGAUGUAAGGGUGGAUGUGCGGACUAAUUCUCUUGCCAGGCCAUUAGGGAGUGUUGACAGAGAUAAGGAAAAGCUACGGAUUGCCAACAACGGUGUAGUUCAGAGUGAAGAGCGAACCUUACCUAUUGGAGGUGAUGGUUGGGAAAAGUCAAAAAUGAAGAAAAAGCGUUCCUGCAUCAAACUUGAUGGUUCUCCAAGUACAACAUUGACUAAACCUGUUAACACCUUCCAAGAAACUAAACAGGGAGUGCAACAAAGACUUGCUACUGAUUCGCGGUCAAAAUUGAGUAAUGAUUCUCAUUCUUUCAGGCCAGGAGUUUCUAAUGGAACUGUUGGAACUGGAAAAUCAGAUGGUAUCUCUCAACAAACUGGCUUGGGCAUACGUGCCUCUACCCCUAGAAACAACCAAGAUAAUAAUUCCCUUGUCAAUGAUAGGCGUGGCCGUCCUGUUAGUUCAGACAAGGAAAGGGUGAAUUUCAGAGCUGUAAACAAGGCUACUGCACGUGAUGAAUUUAAUUCAGCUAGUCCUACCUCAAGUGCAAAAAUGAACACUGCUAUUCGAGCACCACGGUCAAGUUCAGGAGUUGCCCCCAAGUUGUCACCAGUUGUCCAUAGAGCAACUGUUCAUAAUGAUUGGGAACUGUCUCAUUGUUCCACAAAGCCCCCUGCUGCUGGUACUAACAGUCGUAAACGUGUGGCAUCAGCACGGGAACCUGUUGUCCCCUGGCAGAGACCGCAAAAAAGUUCUCGCACUGCUAGAAGAACAAAUUUCAUGCCCAUUGUUCCAAAUAAUGAUGAAAUUCCAGCUUUGGAUACUGCAUCUGAUGUGACUGGUAAUGAUCUCGGGUUAGGAUUUGCCAGGCGCUUGGCUGGCAGUUCUCCUCAGCAAAUUAGACUAAAAGGUGAUCCUUCAUCUUCAGCUGCCUUAUCUGAAAGUGAAGAGUCAGGGGCGGCUGAGGUUAAACCAAAAGAAAAGGGUCGGAAACAGGAAGAGAUAGAUCUGAAAGCUGGACAAAAUGUUCAAAAGGUGUCUAAUGUGGUAUUGCCAACUAGAAAGAAUAAGCUUGUUUCUGGGGAAGAACAUGGAGAUGGUGUUCGGAGGCAAGGGAGGACAGGACGUGGUCAUUCUGCCACAAGGUCACUGAUGCCAAUGACAUCUGAGAAGCUUGGGAAUAUAGGAACUGCAAAACAACUUAGAAGUGCCAGGCAAGGAUCUGAUAAGAAUGAAAGCAAGGCAGGUCGUCCACCAUCUAGGAAACUUUCUGAUCGUAAGGCCUAUGCACGUCAAAAGCCUGCUAUUAAUGCAGCAGCAGAUUUUUUUGUUGGGUCAGAAGAUGGACAUGAAGAGCUGCUGGCUGCUGUAAAGGGUGUUAUCAACUCUGCUCAUGCCUUUUCCAGCCCCUUCUGGAGGAUGAUGGUGCCUUUCUUCAGUUUGAUAACUGAGGAGGAUAUUACUUACUGGAAGCAAAAGGUAAAUCUUGAAUCUAGCACACUGACGCCAACUCCCAUUCCUUCAAAUAUUGAUGGUUGUGAAACCAUUGUUAAUGGAUAUGGGUUGAUGGACCAUGAAAGAGAUGCUGGAUCUGAUGCUCAAUGGAAUGCCGGAAGUAUUUCAGAACAGCUACAACUAUCUAAGGGAGAUCAUAAUGUUAUUCCUCUCUGUCAAAGGCUUAUAGCUGCUUUGAUCUCAGAGGAGGAGUGUAGUGGUGGAAGUGAACACUUCAAGUUAGAUGCAUAUGAUACUGAAUUUGAACCUGAUGGGGAAUCUGAAUUGAGUGGUUUGGAUCACCACUCAGGAACAAAUUUUCAGUUUGCUUGUCAUUCUUCUUAUAAUGGCUAUAGGGUUAUGGACAAGCUGAGACAUGAUGAAACUGAAAGUGAUGUAGUUGGUUUCCCUCCAACUGGAUUGAAUUCAAGCUUUGGUAACUCUGUAAACGGUUUUCUUCACGAUAAAGCAUUAAUGUCUAGCUUCACCUGUUCAGAGUUACAAUAUGAUAGCUUGGACAUAAAUGAUAAGCUUCUCUUGGAGCUUAAAAGUAUUGGAAUUACCCCAUCACCAGUGCCUGAUAUGUUGCAAACAGAUGAUGAAGGAAUAUUAGAGGAUAUUACUAGGUUGGAGGAGCUUUACCAAGGACAGAUAUCCAAGAAGAAAAGCUUGCUAGAUGGAAUAUUCAAAUCUGCCUUAGUGGAUAAAGAACUUCAAGAAAAGGAUUUUGAGCAACGUGCUUUAGAUAAACUCGUUGUGAUGGCUUAUGAGAAAUACAUGGCUUGUUGGGGUCCCAGUCCCUCUGGUGGGAAAAAUACAAGCAACAAAAUGGCCAAGCAAGCUGCAUUGGGAUUUGUCAAACGGACGUUGGAGCGAUGUCGUCAAUAUGAAGAUACUGGCAAGAGCUGCUUCAAUGAUCCUUCAUUCAAGGAUAUGUUCCUUUCUGAAUCCUCAAAACUAUAUGCUUCUUCCCUUUCUCUGGAAGCAAGAACAGCUUCCAUGGGUUCACAACAGAGUCCAUCACAGUUUAGUCAGAAUAUGGAUAAUCAUGAUCUAAAUUCAUCAGAUAUGCUUCCUGCUUUAAAUCAUUCAUCUGAACAAACUAGUGGGAAGGAAGAUCUCUGGUCAAAUAGGGUGAAGAAGAGGGAAUUGUCCCUUGAUGAUGUUGGUGGUACACCAGGUAUUUCUGGUGUUCCAGGCAUCGGAAGUUCUGUAUCAAACAGUGCAAAAGGAAAGAGAAGUGAGAGAGACAGGGAUGGAAAGGGGCACAGCAGGGAGGUUCUAUCCAGAAAUGGAACUACUAAAGUUGGUAGACCAACAUCAUCCAGUGCUAAGGGAGAUAGAAAAUCCAAAACAAAGCCUAAGCAGAAAGCAACUCAGCAUUCUGUUUCUGUGAAUGGUCUCCUUGGGAAGUUAUCAGAGCAACCAAAACCAGCAUUACCUUCUGUUCAAAAGCCAAAUGAAAUGCCUACAAAUAGCAAUGCAAAGGAGAAGGACGAGUUUGGCUUGGGUGGAUUGGACGAGCCUAUUGAUUUGUCCAACCUGCAGUUACCUGGAAUGGAUGUACUCGGUGUUGGUGAUGAUCAAGGUGGUGAUCUUGGUUCCUGGUUGAAUAUUGAUGACGAUGGAUUACAAGAUCACGAUGACUUUAUGGGUGGCCUUGAAAUUCCAAUGGAUGAUCUUGCGGACUUGAAUAUGAUGGUUUGAAGCUGCUUUUUUUGUAUAGUCCUGUUCAGUAUACCAAUAACAAAGGAAACAAAGUAUGUUGAAGAAAUGACUAGUUAUAUAGGAUGGUCUAAUGGCAAAUCCCGUCCACAAUUAGGUUAUAUAGAUUCUUUGGUAGACUCUUCCCUCCAAGUUGUUUUUGAGUGACCUUUCCAGGUGUUUCGGAUUUUGCUCGUGUUAAAGUUCAUGACUUCCACUGUAAAGAUCUUUUUGUUCAAGGUACAAGUUAGCAUUCCUAGUAAUUAUAUCUUAGCAAACACUUCCUGGUUGUAGCUCUUACAAAUCAGAGAACAAGACCCUUUGUACAUACAUUUAAUAUUUCUAAUAAAAUCAGCUAUUCAUUUGCUGAAA